UCUCUCUCUCUCUCUCUCUACCCUUCUUCCCCUACCUUCUUUCCGGUCUGCAGUUUCUCUCUCCUCUCUCUUCUCUCUCUGCCGUUUCUGUCUUCAAAUUUCAGCCCGAGGGGAAAAAGAAAACAACAAAAAGAAAAAAGAAAAAAGAAAAAUUUCAGAGAGCCCUAAUUUGAGACUUCACAACCAAAUCCCUAAUUUUGCAAAUUUGCACAAAAAGAUCAAAGCUUUAUUAUUAUUAUUAUUAUUAUUAUUAUUAUUAUUUUCCAUGUUCAUGGAAAUACUGAUGAUUUGAAGCUCUCUGCUUCUGCUGUUGUUCAAUCUCCGCUCUUCACUGCUCAAAUCCAAACCCAAACCCUCGUUUGGCCGUACAAUCCCUGCCCCUUUGAUUCAAACCCCCCAUGAUCCCGUAAAUGCAAUUCGCCUGCCCCUCCCUCAAACCCUAACCCCCGCCAUCCACCCUCCUCGAUCUCCCCAACCAUGUCCUCAGAUUUGUGCCCUCCCGCCUCCGGUGACCGAUCCCCUAACGGCAACCUUCCCCCCACCGAAAACCCAGGUACCAGCAAGGACGCUGCGGUGAACGACGGCAACGGGGACGCCGGGAACCGGGGCACCCAGAAUGGGGCUGCCCCGCUCUCCAGAAGUGGCCGCCCCACCCGGGCCUGCACUGUAAGAGCGGCUGCUCGGUUGCAGCAGCAGCAGCAGCCGGCGGAGAGGAGGCCUAAGGCUGCUCCGAAGAAAGAGCGGCGGGUGGAGGAGGAGACACGGCAGGAGGAGUUGCCGCAGCAGCAGUCCGGGACCCGAGCCGUGACACCACUGGUGGAGCCGCCUCCGCCUCCACAGCUGCCGCGGUGGAGUCUUAGGUGCAUGUGGGAGCUGGCUUCGGUGCUCAAUUUCUUGCAUGUUUUCCGGCCGUUGUUGAACAUUAUGGUGGAGUUCUCGGCAGAGGAGUUCGAGACAGCUUUGCUCACGCCGAAUGACACAUUGGGUGAAAUUCACAUGCCCAUAUUGAAGGCAAUUCCUCCAAUUACACGAAUGGCACUUACACGGGAUACCUGGAUUACUGUCUUGUGCAGAAAGUUGAGGGACUGGUGGCAUUGGGUCGCAGAAGGGGAACUUCCCAUUGUUGCUUCGCAUGGGGCGGAGAUUGAAGCAUAUAAAUCUCUUGAUCCCAGUGUUCGUGUGGUGAUCUUGAAAGCAUUAUGUGACAUUCGAGUCGAGCAAGAAGACAUCCGAAGCUAUAUUGAGAACUCAAUGAAGCAUGGAGUUCAACUUUCAGCAUUUCGCAAGGAGCGUAUUGGAGGGGAUACACCUUAUGGAGUGCAUUACUGGUAUGAAGACGACCCAAUUAUUGGCCAUCGUUUGUACCGGGAGAUGAGGAAAGUUGAGGUCAAAAGGGCGAAGGCAAGGGGUUCCCAUGUUAUUCCAAUUGCAACAUACCAGUGGGAAACACUAGCCACCAACUUGGAUGAAUUCCAAGAUGUUUCGGAGAAGCUAUUCACCAGUAACAAUAGGACAGAAGUGUCUAUAGGGAAAAAGUUAAAGAUUGAUAUGCUUCCAGAGAUCGAGAAGGUGCACAAGAGGAAAGAGAGGCUGCUGAAAAAGCAACACAGAGAAGCACUACUUCUUGAUAAUUUUGUGACUGUAGAUGGGCUUGCUCCUGGGCGCUCUCUUCGUGACAGAAAACCAGUCACCUAUACUUUUGAUGAUUAUGACCGAUCCAUCAAUGAGGCUAUCAAGAUAACAAAAAGGAAGCAGUCUUCACCAGAACCUAUUCCAAGACGAGAGGGUUUUGUUAGACCUGAAGUUUCUAUGAACGGACAAUGGAGUGAAGGUUUGCGUGCAGAUUUCAGUGCAGUGUCUCCUAACUCGCCUUAUUUUGAUGAUGCUGAAGAGGAGCAUAAUCCUGAACAAUUAGAUCGAAGACAAAGGCGAAGGCCGCAAAGGUAUUCCGAGAGAGACUUUGUGGAAGCAGUUUCGGACAUGGAGGCAGACCUCGACAGUGACGAUGAUAUAGUUGGAGAAGCAGUAUAUGAUGAGGAGUAUCUGAGGAAACGUAAGCAGAGGAAGCUGUCCAGUAGCUCUGAAGGAGAUGAAGAAUACCAUAUGGAUGAAGAAAAUGCAGAGGAGGACGAAGAAGAGGAGGAAGAAGAAGAUUCCUCGGGCAUCAGUGAUGAUAGUGAUGAGUCCCCAAAGUUCAAGAAAUUACCUGGUCGUACAAGGAGGGAGACUAAACUGAGAUUAGUCAGAGACAUAGAUUCUGGGUUGAGACGGAGUAAAAGGACCACCAGGAACCGCAUUAAUUACAGGCAAUACGAGCUCUCAGAAUCUGAUAAUGAGGCUGCGAAGCCUCAAAAGUGGAAAACAUCCAACGAGCAGUCAGAGGCAAGCGAAAGCCCGGGGUAUUCAAAUGAAAGUCAUGAUUUGGAAAAUAAUAACGACGAUGAUCUGGAACUAAAAGCUACUGAUCGAGGUGUUGAGAGUUAUGCUGAGAUGGGCGAGAAAGAGGAUAACCAACCCCCUGAGAAAUCUAAGAGCCCAAGUCAGGAGGAGAUCGAAGGUGAGGGUGCAAGAAAAAGAGGUUUUCUCGACCUCAACGAGCUCGCUCCAGGCUCCGGCUUCGAUGAUGGCCCUAACACCGUAGUGAAAGAUGCAGAUACAGAUGACUUCUAGAGCUUCUCCCUCUUUGUUUGCAAGCGAGGUUAGGUUUUAAAUUUUUAAUUUUGCCUUUUUCCUUCUCCAGGGAAUCGUAUUGUACGAUAGCAAUAUCUUAUAAAUUUUGCUGGAUGAGCCUGUGGGAGAAACUGCUGGUUGGAUUCUCUCUAGCAGGGCAUAGUUAAAGCACCCUCCGUCGUAACCUGCGGUAGUAUUUUCAUGGUUCCCGAGAGUCGUGCGCAGUGUAGAGUAGGUUUUAGCCAUUUUUUAGAGUCGCCUUUGAAUUCAAAGAAGCCCUUUAGAAAGGACGGUGGAUCGGGAUUUGUUGGGCGAGGUGAUCAGGAGUUGUUUGCUCUUCUCCAAUCUUAUGUACAAUAACAUUUUAACUUAAUAUUAUAACUGAGAUGUGGCUGUUUAGAUAUA